CGGGGAUGAUUUCGCCCAUAUAACCAAAUAUUUCAUAUAUAUAUAUAUAUAUAAAAGCAUUCUUAAAAUUGCAAAACCCUUUUCCCUAUAACGGGAACCAUACAAAUUCAGUCGGUGCUGGGAAACGUCUCCGGGAAACCGUUUACCCAAAUUCUAGGGUUUUAACCCCAAAACCCUGGACUUAUUCACUGGAAAUUUCCAUUUUCCUACAGAAAAAUGGCUGAUUUACCGGAUGAAAUGUGGAGACAAAUCCUGGAAAUUGGAAUUCGGAGUUCCAAUUUGACCUACAAAGACCUCUGCUGUGUUUCAAUCUCUUGCCGGCGUCUUCAUCGCCUUUCAAACGACGCCGUUUUGUGGUCCUUCCUGCUUUCUUCUGAUUUCCCCCACACUGAAGCCUCUGUGUCCAAUGGCACCGUCUCCAGUUCUUCUUUGUCUCCUAAAUUGAUGUACCGAAUCAAGUUUGAUAGAGAAAGGGCUCGGAAAGCUGCAGCCCACCGGCGUGCUGUACUUAGGUUGGAGAGUCAAAUUGCUGGGCAUUUGAGAAACCUUCAAGAAAUACAGAUGAAAUUAACUGAGGAGACCGAGAAAAUGAAAGCAGCAGUUACAGAAUUACCGAACUUGCGCAAAGUCAGGCAAGCUUCAGUAGCUUUGAAUGUGUGGCAACCAGAGGUUAUCCGGGGUUGGCAAAAGCAAAUGGUUGGGCAAUGUGUUGUACCUGUUGAUGCUCGAAUCAAUGCCCUUGAGAUGGAACUUAAGCUUUGCAGGCAACAGAUUGCAGGCUCUGAUAAUGCCUAUAGAAAUGAGAAGCGAAGGCUUGAUGCAGCUAAGGAACGAUUGGUAGUCAUGAAGUAUCAUCCUUUACGAGAUUAUAAAUCUACAAGUAGUGGAGUUGAUGAGUGCAACAGUCAGAGAAAGAAGUUGAAAAGAGGCAGUGACAGUAAGGCUCCAGGUACAAAUGAGAAGAAGCUGAAAUUGGAAGAUGCUUGAACUUCCAUUUCUGGUAUUGUGACUAUGAAUCUUUGAUGCAUAUUAUAUCAUAUGUAUAUGUAUAUGCAUGUUGUAACUUGUAUAUUAGAACUCCAAUAUGGGUCUGUUAACCCUUUCAUAAGGGUUUGUUCUGGAAUUGAGAAUGAUCAAGCAUCUUAUGAACAAGUUAUGAUC